AUGCAGUUCACAUUACCCGGAAUCCCUCCUCCUCAAUCUCGGGCUCCUGUUCGAAGAUCAAUAGCUCAACAAAUUGAUGCUAUUUGGCUCAAUAGUGAUGGUAUAUAUGAAUUGACAAGCAUUACAGAUGAAGAGCAAGCAUUGUAUGAUAGACUUGAUGCUAUUGUUGAGAACGCAGAAUCUCAUCGUAUUGGUGCUCCACGUACAAUACGUAAAGAAGAUGGACAUCUCAAAGAGUUCCGAAUUGCAAUGGCGGUUCGAUAUCCACGAACGAAUCGACAAUUUCCGGGGAAUGAUUUUAAUGAAUACAUGAAAGGUGCUUACGAUUCGGACCUAUUCAAUCAGCCCCAGGACAUGUUGAUCAAAGAUUGUAUAUUCAUGAUUGGUAGAUGGAUGGAAAAAUCGAGGCCAAGACGAUUAACCGACGCACGACCAUCUAUCGGAUCUGCGACGGCUCGACGCACAACGUUAUUGAAAUUCAUUACUAUGAAGCGCCAGCCCCAAAACUAUUACUCUUAUCCCAAAAUGAAAAUUGAGAUCUCUAAAGGGCUUAACUUAGCAGCGAACACUAUUUGGGGUGGAAUCCCUAUUCCAGGUCAGGAAAAUGGAAAUUCAUAUUUCGGAAAGUUUGAAUUACGUCAACUCCUCGAUUGGGAGUUGGAAUAUGCGUCGUCUCCUCGGUUCUCUCAACAACAUGCACUCGCAUGGGUUUUAAGCUGUCUUAAUGGAGUUAGACCAUGCUCUUUGGCGCAACUCUCGGAUAGGCCCGGGGAAUAUUUGAGAUGGAGGGAUAUUGAAAUUACUCGGGUUUUUGAAGGACAAGAUGGAGGUAAUCAUAUCGGCCGUUUUGAUUGUGCUAUCGGAUAUGUAUACCUAAAGACAGACCGAAGUAUCAAUGUUGAUAAGGGAACCGAAGUGAAUCGACGGAAGUUGAAGCAAUAUAGUAGACAUCCAAAGUUGGUACAAAAUAUCAUGUUCUCGCCUGCGCUUAGGUUUCUUGCAAUCAUGCUCCAACGGGGCAUACUCGAUGGAAUCGAGACGAUUGAUGAAUUGUUGACGUCAUCUACAUCUGCGCCUAGAAAGAUCAGCAUCAAGACGGAAUAUCUCGACAAGCCUAUCUUCCUAGCAGGCAAGCCUGGUGGUAGAGGUUACAAUGAGGAUGGUCGCCCUUUGUCGACUAACGGGCUUUCUGGGUACUUUAAGACUAGGGCACUGGCUGCAGGCUAUACUGAGACAACAACUUUUUACGCUUGGAGGAAAGGGGCGGGUGUACGAGUUGAUAGAAUUAAAGGUCGAAGUAGAGCUAGGGCGUUCUUAGGACAUAGUCCCGGCGACUUUACAUUUGAGACGUAUUAUGACGACGCAUUGGUUGAUCUAGAUAUAACGGCGAUCGCUCUAAAUGAAGAGGAGGAGGCUGUAGAAUCGACGACGCAGGCUUGCCUACAUCGAAUCUGCUAUAAUCUCUCUCGGGAGGACGAAGAGAAAUUCGUUAACACUUUCAUUCAGUAUGACGAAAGAUAUAUACAAGCAACUACGUCAGCUGAGAGAAAAAAUGCAUCUAGAUGCGCAAGACUACGAGCUAGACACGCUCUCAGGGCACACAUGAGAGCCGAAUACGAAAAACUUCACUCGAUGGAUGAAUAUGCGGCCAGGGUCAAAGCAUUGACUAAUAGUGGGAAACUGUUCGAAGAAGUGUUGGCGAGGGCAAAGCUGCUGGCUGCUGGGGAUGAAGAUGAGGAUGCACCUGAGGAUGAUGAAGACAAUGUUGAUUUAAGUGAUGAUCUGGGUAUAGAUUUCGGUGAUGAGGCUGGUGAUGAGUCUCUAUCAUUGGGAAACGCUGAGGAUGGGGAGCAGGAUGAUGUGAUGAUUUCUGAGAUUUUUGUGGAUGGCAAAAAGAGCUCUGAGAGCAAUGUGUCGGACAAUGUAACGUAUGAGUUUUUUGUUAGGGCGUUCUUGGAGAAGCUGAUGGAAGAGGAUCCGGUAACAUUGAGGCCAACACUUGGAACGGCUGCGCGAAAAAUUCCUGAUUCGAAAGGCUAUACCUGUGGUUUAUGUGAGCAGGAUAAAACAACGAGUGUUGAAGAGAAGGAGAAGCUAUGGGAAUCUUUGUCAAGGCUGGAGAGACAUCAGGUUUCCGGAUUCCAUAAUGGGAAUAAACGAUUUUCGAGACGGAUGAAGAUGCUUAAUCCUCGCGAAACCGAUUUUAAGUGUCCAUAUCCAUCAUGUCCGAAGGGGGAGCACACGACAUAUCGAACUCUUCAAGAUUUGAAACUGCAUAUCAUAAGAGAUGCAAGGGCUCUGGGCAGGUCUCAGCACCAAAUGUCAAUCAGAGCUGAUCAUUGGCUUGAGGAUGACUUCUCCACAGGUGCGGAAACCGGAAAGAAUCAUUAUAGGAAGCGAAAAUAUGAUGAAUUUCGAAAAGAUGAUGAAUUUGAGGAGAGUUUGAGCGUAUCAAAGGUGGUGAAGGAGGCAGACGGAACAGUGUCCUUGCUUGCAGGGCCAAAUCCGGUGCCUUGCGAGACUAGUAGAUCACCAUUGCUGCUUUAUGGUCUCAAUCCCGUGCCUUGCGAAAUGAGUUUGCUGAAAGGAGAAGAUGGAAUGAAUGAUUUUGCCAAGUUUUUAGAAGGUAUGAGGAAUAAUAAGAUGUUCAUAUCGGGAUCAAACAAACCUUUUAGACCUUAG